AGGUGUCAAAUUUCMAGAAGGUUGGAAUAAUGGCGAACUUCUACUUCAAGAGCUUAAAGUUUUUGCUUCAAUCAUUGAUUUUAAGUCUGUUUUUCAACGUCAAUAGCAGUGAAUACAAGCAAUGGAGGCCCAACACCAACUGGAAUAAUCCCAACAACUGGGAAACUGGAAAAGUACCAUGUUCACGUCAAGAUGUUCAACUGAUUAGCUUACAACCUCUUGUUGUUGCAGUAUCUGGACAAAURCCACUUCACAGCCUGAGUUUACCAAGAAAUGGUGARCUACUUAUGAAUAAUGAUGCUGAGCUGGUCUUUCACAAUGAUCAAGAAAACCCAACUGAUCAGUGCUCUGAAACUGGAAACAUMAAGUUUGGGGCCACCUCACCAAAGAACUGGUUUAAUCCUGUGAACUGGGAGGAAGUGGAUAGGAAUGGGRACCCUGUGGUAGAGCAGAGCUAUGGCUUGCUGCAUUUAAACCAAAUACCUUGUGUAUAUGACCAAGUCAUUUUUAAAGAGAAAAGCUCUUUUAUGGUUAAAAGUGACCAGCCAGUAACUGUUGCAUCAGUACUCAUGAAUGGACAGGUAUAUCAACAAAAGUCUUUCCAGGACUAUCUUGAGACCACUACAGGAAAGAUUGAGUUUAAUUUCAACAAGAACAUGAUCAAACUAACUGGAGAAACUUGCACUGAUCCUAAAGGAUGUUAUUGUAAUAAUUUACAAGUAAAAAAGACAGUUUGUAGCUUUGUAAAGUGUGAAUCAACGCACUGCAAGACACCUCUUUUSCCUGKUGAAUCAUGCUGCAAGUAUUGUGGAGCUAUACUAAAGGUUGAGCCAUUGUUAAAGUUCAACUUGAUGAAUUUCAAAAAACAAGUUCAAARUUUAUCUGAGAAUAGGAGUCGUGAUUURCARGUCAAGUUUUCAAUUUCAAGAACUAAGGAUGGUUUAGUGCAAGUGGUGUUUGCAGAUUCUGGAAAUGGUAAGAAGGCUCAAAAAUUUGCUGAAAAAGUAAUUGAGCACAUAUCAGGAUCUUCACAGUUGACCAUCAAAGAAAAACUACAGUCAUCUACUUCUGAUACUCCUCAUUCUGGUUCGCAACAAGGUUCAUCGUCGUCAUCAGUUGUUUUGGCUGUGGGUAUUGGUGUUGGUCUUGUUGUUCUUAUUGUAAUUCUCAUUGCUGUCGUCAUAGUGUUUCAAAGGAAAAGAGCACAACAAAACAAUGAAGCAACAACAUCUCAGUAUGAGCAAUGUUUUGAGAUGCAAGGUGAUGGAUCUGCAGGACAGUCACUGYCAGAUAAUGAGGCAGGCGUGGAUGAGAAUGACCAGACUCAUGAGUCUACCAAUGUUUUGUAUGAAUCCAGCAAUGUAACGCAACAGACAUUUGACAAUCCUCUGUAUGAAACCAAUACUGACCUCGAAGAACUUGUUAUCUAGAAAAACAGAUUCUUGGUUUUCUAUUAUCCUAGCACUAAUUUUUUWAAAACUUUUUCAUGAAUUUCGUUUUUUUUACUUUCUCUAUUUUAAUGUUAUACUUUGUAAUAUUUUGUUG